AUGGGCCACAGUGACUCAAUGAGCCCCGCUGAGAACGGCGAACCCGGUUCGUCCUCUUCGGCGCCGCCGCAGCGCGUCCCCAACCCUGCUGGGUCGACUCUAGCAACACUGGAGAAACCAGUUCACCACGACAACCCGGUCGAGCCUGUGCGUGUGAAGCUACAGGACCCUGUCGGGUUCUCGUCGGACUCGCUCUGGUCUUCCGAAGGACUCCAGUCGCGCUCAGCCUUACUCUGCUCCGCCUCGCAGGCACUGAGCGAGCGCCCAGCCAGCUUUGUGCUGCGUGCCCCGAGGAUGCAGUCCAACGCGGACUCGCGCUUGGUGCACAGUGCUCAGACGACACCACCCAGCGAGUCAGAUGAGGGCGACGUGAUGGCGAUGGACAGCCAGAAGGAGGGCCAAGAUAAACGCGACGCCUUAUCUGAGAACGUCGAAGACCUGUCGACAUCAUGGGGAACGACGCAGGACAACGAAUCACCAGGUAAUCAGAAGUCAGCGUCGCAUCGGCUAUCGCUGAACGUGCAAAGUGCGCUACCUCGAAGCCACGACCACCUCUCGACGGAUAUUUGGAAGAAUCCCCGCAGCGAGUUCGAGGAGAGCGACUUGAGUUCCACUGUAAGCUCGACAUCUUCCCCUGACAAACGAAGUUUCCAGCGCUCGAGCACUCGAGCCAUACCAGCACGAGCACCUCGUGGGGAUAACAAGACUGUCGGUUGUCGUGUUCCCCCGGGAAUGUCAUUGAUUGACCGGAUCCAGGAAGACUUUCCUCGCACGCCAUCGCCCGAGUUUGGACUGGUUGACGAUGGUCGCUUGCCUGCUCGCAGACUAUCAUUCAGAGCAAGUGAACAGGCAGCUCAGUCCGUCUUCAGUAUCAGCGAAGAAAUGGGGCACCUGAGGCUUGGUUUUUACCACUCGGCCCCGCAUUACGGUCCGGGCCGUUGCUCGAGUCACGACUUUGCCUCUGACUCGAGGCUUGCUGGGGCGAACAACUACCGCCGCACGUUUGCCAGGAGCACCAGCGAGCCACCUUUCGGCGAGUCGUACGACGGAUCCAUGAUGCACAGCUACCCAUCGUCGUACAACAUGAGCGCGCAAGAAGUGCAUAGCUGCCCCGUGGUAAUGGGUGCCGCAAAGUCACGGUGGGCUACCAGUGAAGACGCAUACACGCUGCAGUCGUCCCAGUUUGGCUAUGCGCCGUCGGACUUUACAAGCGCACACGCUAGUCACGGUUCAGCCGUACCAAGCUACCCUGCCGGCUACGCCGGAGAGUACAGCAGUGUGAAACCUGCAGACAAGAUGUUGAGAGCUCGCCUGUUGUACCCUGCAGCAGACCAUUCGCUGUACGAGCGACACGACUUCGGGAACUUCGUGCCUCAUCCUCACAUGCAUCACCGACCGAAGGUUGGAGGGUCUUUUCGCCGAAGCGAUUUCGAGUACCUUCACCCGAUCGCGCACUCGUACUCAUCUCACAGCCUUCUGGAAGAGUUCAACUCGUCGCCAAAGUCGGAGAAGUGGGGACUGUCCACCAUCAAAGGACACCUUUUCUCCUUUGCAAAGGACCAGACAGGCUCGCGUUUUAUUCAGCAGAAGCUGGAGAAGGCUGACGAUCGGUUGAAAGCGGACGCUUUUGACGAGAUAUUCCCGAACUCGCUCCUGCUGAUGACGGACGUGUUUGGCAACUACGUGAUCCAGAAGUUUCUUGAGUACGGCUCGUUGGAGCAGCAACAGCUGCUAGUGGAAUUGAUGACAGGCAAUAUGAUCAGCCUGGCCCUGCAAGUGUACGGAUGCCGCGUGAUCCAGCGAGCGCUGGAAGUGGCGCAAUUUGAAGAGCAGCUAGCCCUGAUCCAGCAGCUGAAGGGUCACGUAAUGAAGUGCGUCGUCGACCAAAACGGCAACCAUGUACUCCAGAAGUGCAUCGAAGCGGCAUCCUGGAAGCGAGCGACCGAUUGCAAUGGCAUGGGCCGUCAACGUUUCGUGACGGGGGAGGACAUCCAGUUCAUUAUCCACAGCUUCAUCGGUCAUGCUGCAGCACUGUCCGUCCAUUCAUACGGAUGCCGAGUGAUCCAGCGCGUGCUGGAACACUGUGCACCGGAGCAAAUUCGCCCCUUGCUAGAAGAGAUCAUUUACAAGUGCCGCGAGCUUGUCAAGGACCAGUUUGGCAAUUACGUCGUGCAGCACGUGAUAAGCAACGGGGAACUGGACCAACGCAACAUUGUCAUGCAAGCGGUGCUACCUGAGAUCGCGCGCUGGAGUCAGCACAAGUAUGCCAGCAACGUUGUCGAGUCGUGCUUGGAGCACGCGACGAAAGAAGAGAUCAGUCAGAUUGUUGACUUCAUCUUGCAGUGUGACGAUAGUGGAGCAUCGUGUGCGCUGCUUCCCAUGAUGAAGCACAUGUACGGGAACUACGUGGUGCAGAAGUUGCUGGAGCGCGCGGACGACCACGACCGCCAACGCAUUAUAUGUAUCAUUCGACACAACGAAGACUAUUUGAAGCGCUUUACGUUUGGGAAGCACGUGUUGAGCCGCCUCGAGCGUGAGGAGCAUGCGAACAACUACUUUUGA